AUGUCAAAUCCGGCGCGCAGACUGAUCACUCAAUCGUGGAGUAGACGACCUCAGUUGCAACAUGGCUUCUUUGGGAAACCUCAAAGGUUAACGCGACUCCUUCAUGCCCGCGCAAAAGAAUACCUGCAAGCACACGAUCCCGACCUUACAGAUUCUCAAAGGACUGUCCGCGAAGCCGUCGCCAAAAUCUGCGCUAAUUACCCCGAUGAGUAUUGGCUGAGGCAAGAAGAAAAGAAAGAAUUUCCCGUCGAACUCCAUAGAAAGCUUGCCGAUGAUGGUUGGCUUGGAAUCUGUAUCCCUCCCGAGUUUGGGGGGUCGGGCUUAGGUAUCUCUGAAGCUGCAAUUAUGAUGCAGACUUUGUCGGAGUCUGGAGGAGGAAUGACCGCUGCUUCUUCUGUACACAUGAAUAUCUUUGGCCUGGAACCGGUGGUCAAAUUUGGGACAGAAGAACAGAAACGUCGCUGGCUUGAACCUUUAGUUCAAGGUCGGGAGAGGGCAUGUUUCGGCGUCACCGAGCCUAAUACCGGACUCGAUACCUUGAAACUACAGUCUACGGCUCGAAGAGAUGGAAAUGAUUAUGUCUUGUCGGGCCAGAAGAUAUGGAUUUCCACGGCACAGAAUGCGCACAAGAUUUUGAUCCUUGUUCGCACAACCCCUCUUGAUCAAGUCAGUAAACCAUCACAGGGUCUGUCACUAUUCUAUACCGAUCUUGAUCCAUCCGUGGUGGAAAUUACCGAGAUCCCCAAAAUGGGCCGCGCGGCUGUCGAUACAAACUCGCUUUUCUUCGAUAAUUGGCGCGUUCCAGCGACUGAUAUGGUCGGCCAAGAAAACGAGGGAUUCAAAAUGAUCUUACAUGGGAUGAAUGCCGAGCGCAUUCUGAUCGCGGCCGAAGCUCUUGGCCUUGGAUAUGCUGCCAUUCGACGAGCUGCCACCUAUGCGGGCGAGAGACACGUAUUUGGACGUGCGAUUGGACAAAAUCAGGCUAUCCAACACCCAUUGGCUGACAGCUGGAUGAAGCUUGAAGCGGCUAGGUUGAUGAUAUACCAUGCCGCGCGGCUAUACGAUGAGGGGUAUUCGUCCGGGGAAUAUGCCAACGCCGCGAAGUAUUUGGGUGCCGAAGCAGCGUUCCAGGCUUGUGAGCGAGCGGUUAUGGUGCAUGGAGGAAUGGGGUAUGCGAAAGAAUACCAUGUGGAAAGGUAUUUGCGUGAAGUGUUGAUUCCUCGAAUUGCCCCAGUCAGUCGGGAGAUGAUAUGCAAUUAUAUUGGGGAGAGAGUGCUCGGCCUACCAAAGUCGUACUAA